AUCCCACUCCCACUGUCUCUUCUUGCUCUUCCCGCUCAUUGCUCCUGAAACAUGGGCACCCGUCUCCCUUCCCUUUUCUCUGCCAUCGCCAUCGCCGUCACCGUCACGCUUCUCCUUCUCUUCCUCCCCCGUUCUCUCUCCUCGCCGCCCAAUGACACCAACGCCCUCGCUCUCUUCCGCCUCCAGGCCGACUCCCAUGGCCACCUCCUCCCCAACUGGACCGGCUCCGACGCCUGCGCCGCCGCCUGGCGCGGCGUUCGCUGUUCCUCCUCCUCCUCUCCCUCCGGCCGCCGCGUCACCGCUCUCUCCCUCCCAUCCCUCAACCUCCGCGGGCCCAUCGACUCUCUCUCUUCCCUGGACCAGCUCCGCCUGCUCGACCUCCACGAUAACCGGCUGAACGGCACCGUCGGGCCUCUCGCCAACUGCACCAACCUCAAGCUCCUCUACCUCGCCGGGAACGACUUCUCCGGCGAGAUCCCGCCGGAGAUAUCCUUCCUCCGGCGCCUCCUCCGUCUUGACGUUUCCGACAACAACAUCCGGGGCGUGAUCCCGGGGGAGCUCCGCCUCCUGAGCCGCCUCCUGACUCUCCGGCUGCAGAGCAACCUGCUCUCUGGAGAGGUGCCGGAUCUCUCGGCGUCGCUCAAGAGCCUCAAGGAGCUCAACUUGACAAACAACGAACUGUACGGGCGUUUGCCAGAUGGACUACUGAGGAAGUUUGGUGUCCGGAGCUUCGUCGGGAACGAAGGACUAUGUGGCUCGAGCCCGUUACCAGCUUGCUCGCUAUCCGGGACUUCACCUCCGGCUUCUUCCUCUCUCACGGUACCGUCUAAGCCCAGCUCCAUUCCAGAGGCACCCGCAAUUGGACCGGGUCAGAAGCAUCGGCGAAAAGGACUGAGCACGGGGGCUAUAGUGGCGAUUGCUCUCGUGAUCUGCGUGGCAUUACUUGUCGUGACAUCUUUCGUGGUUGCUUACUGCUGCUCAAGAGAGCGGAAUUCGAGCUUGAAAUCAAAUGGAGAAAGCACUGGGAAGAGGAGAAGUGGGAGCAGCCACGGAAGUGAGAAGAGAGUGUACGCAAGCGGCGGUGCGGAUAGUGAUGGGACGAACGCUACCGAUAGGAGUAAGCUUGUGUUCUUCGAGCGGAAGAAGCAGUUCGAACUCGAAGAUUUGCUCAGAGCGUCGGCAGAAAUGCUCGGGAAAGGAAGCUUAGGGACAGUGUACAGGGCUGUGCUGGACGACGGGGGCGUCGUGGCCGUCAAGAGAUUGAAGGAUGCCAAUCCGUGCAUGAGGAAGGAGUUCGAGCAGUACAUGGACGUGAUUGGGAAGCUUAAGCACCAAAAUGUGGUCAAACUCAGAGCUUAUUACUAUGCCAGAGAAGAGAAGCUCCUGGUAUAUGAUUAUCUGCCAAAUGGAAGCCUGCACUCCCUGCUUCAUGGAAACAGGGGUCCUGGAAGGAUUCCUCUGGAUUGGACCACAAGGAUCAGCUUGGUACUUGGAGCGGCUCGCGGGCUCGCCUGGAUCCACGACGAGUACAGUGCGGCGAAAAUCCCCCAUGGAAACAUCAAGUCUUCCAACAUACUCCUCGACAAGAAUGGCGUUGCUUGUGUCUCCGAUUUCGGGCUCUCACUGCUUCUGAAUCCGGUUCACGCCAUCGCCAGAUUGGGGGGUUACCGAGCUCCGGAGCAGGCAGAAACCAAGCGGCUCUCUCAAAGGGCCGAUGUCUAUGGCUUCGGCGUCCUGUUACUGGAAGUCCUCACCGGCAGAGCUCCAUCGCAGCAUCCCUCCCCAACACGGCCUCGCGCCGAUGAAGAGGAACAGGCGGUCGAUCUCCCCAAGUGGGUGAGAUCCGUGGUGAAGGAGGAGUGGACGGCCGAGGUGUUCGAUCAGGAGCUCCUCCGCUACAAGAACAUCGAGGAGGAGCUCGUGUCCAUGCUCCACGUGGGCUUGGCCUGCGCGGCGGCUCAGCCCGACAAGAGGCCUCCGAUGGCGGAAGUGGUGAAGAUGAUCGAGGACAUUAGGGUGGAGCAGUCGCCAUUGGGAGAGGACUACGACGAGUCGCGAAACUCCCUCUCUCCAUCGCUCGCCACGACCGAAGACGGGGUCUGAAGGUUCGGAUCGACGGAUCGGUUCACCGGGGUUGUUCCGCGGUUGGCUUCUGUUUGUGUUUUCGCAUUGUCUCAUUGCUAUUGCAUGUGGUCUGUCCUGGGUUUAAAGUUUGUAAAAUUGGCUUAGCCUAUCGUACUUUCUAAUGUUACCGGUUGGAGAAUUUGGGAAUCUUGACCAAAUUCGACCAAUUCGAUCUACUCAGUCAGCUAUUUAUUCACUAGAAGAUGUACAUCAGUACUCAGUAGUGUCGUCUUCUUGUCGGAAGGCUUCAUUGACCGCACUGAACUCUACUUUCGUUGUCGGUUGGAUGGUCUUUACUUAAUUAAU